CUGGAUUUCUCUGCGCCCUUUGCCUCCCAGAACUAAAUUGAUUUCGAGGGAGCCGUGAUCGAUGCUGAAGAAACUCGCAUGUGAAAUCAAGUGGGACGAUUGAUUUGUUUGUGCAAAGAAAUCAAACUGGAAAUCUCCAAUGUUGAAAACAAAAAUGUGAGUUUGGGUGUUUUGUGACCAAGACAAAUUGUUCCCACGUCUAUGGGUGUGAGUACUGUUUCUUCACGUGAUGUGUCAAAGCGAUUAUUCAUUUGCUCAGUCUCAUUCUACAUCUGAGGCAUCACGCGCACACUCUGCUUCACUUGAAGAUCUACACCUGCACCUGCUGGAUGCUAAUUGAAAAUAAUCGACAAGUUUGACGAGAGAGAGGGAGAGAUGGAGGCACGCUUCAGCACGCUGGACAGCGCUCGUGGAAGUUGGAGAGGACGGGGACGCGCGCACACAGGAGGAUUUUAAUUGAAAAUAAUCUUUGGAGGCGCUCCUGCAGGGAUCAUGGUUGAUUUUAACUCCUCAUUAUCAUUACCAACAACAGGUAACCCGAGAGGGGACUUUCCGGAGUGAGACAUGGACUUUGCUGACGUUAUCUUCGCUCUGUUUAUCAUCGUGGUUGCGGUGGUUUCGCUGUUGUCCAACUUGUUGGUGCUGCUAUGCUUCGUCCACAGCACCGAGAUCCGCCGACAGGUGCCCGGCGUCUUCACCAUGAACCUGUCCUUCUGCAACAUCCUCAUCACUGUGCUCAACAUGCCGGCCACUCUGGUGGGGAUCAUCCGGGACCAACAGCCUUUCGGGGAUUGCAUUUGCCACACGGUGAGCUUUCUGGAGACUUUCCUCACCGCCAACACCAUGUUGAGCAUGGCGGCUCUCAGCAUAGACCGGUGGAUCGCGGUGGUGUUCCCGCUCAGCUACUCCACCAAGAUGCGCUACAAGGACGCGCUGAUCAUGGUGUGCUACUCCUGGCUGCACUCCUUCACCUUCUCUCUCACGGCCCUGCUCUUCUCCUGGGUGGACUACAGCUCCGUGUACGCGUCUUGCACAUUACAGCCCACAGUGGAAGGGGGAGACAGGAUUAAGUUCACUAUCUUCACUGUGGUUUUCCACGCCACCAGCUUCAUGCUCUCCCUGCUCAUAUUGUGUUUCACAUACUUGAAAGUGCUCAAAGUGGCCAGGUUUCACUGCAAGAGGAUUGACAUUAUCACCAUGCAGACUCUAUUCCUUCUGGUCGACAUUCACCCAAGUGUGAAACAAAGAUGUUUAGCAGAGCAAAAGAGGAGAAAGCAGAGAGCCACGAAGAAGAUCAGCAUCUUCAUCGGCUCUUUCAUCAUCUGCUUUGCCCCCUAUGUUAUCACAAGGUUGGUCGAGCUUCUCCCUUUCGUGGACAUCAACCGCCGCUGGGGAAUCAUCAGUAAGUGCCUGACAUACAGCAAGGCUGCGUCCGACCCUUUUGCCUACUCCCUCCUACGUCAGCAGUACAAGAAAGUCCUGGUUACUGUCGUCAACAGGCUGCUCCGCCGCGACCUGUACCCCUCGUCUGGCCACAACAGCUCUUUAGACACGGAGAACGACUACUGUCUCCAGAGGAUCAGCUAAUGGCAAAUGCGCGGUGGACAUGGCAGAUACACACGACGAGCCAAAAAUAAACGUUCCCUCAUAAAAGAAGGUGGGCGGAGGAGAAGAAUGAGAAGAGACACUGGAUAUUGUUAGGGAGGGAAAAUAGAGCUGAUAGAGGGGACAUAUUGUGGGUUGGGGUGAAGAAAGAGCAUAAGUAAGGAAGGCAGUGGGUGGAGAAGAACGACAAGACAGCACUGAGGGGGAGGAUGAAGGAGCGAAGGAGGAGACGGAUAGGGAGCGACUAGGACGAUGUGGAAACUUUGUCCUCAGACAGAAUUGGCAAACAAGAGAUCUGUGAUUCAUCGGCGGAAACACACAAUACCACACAAAGACACACACACAGUUCAGACAAAUCAAUUUCUUCAGAGGAGUCGUGGGUUCAGAUGAAUCUCAAACUGAAGGACAAAACAGCCGGACACUGGUCCCUUAUUCUCUUUCAGCGACAUGUAUAAAGUGGCCUUUUGUACUGAACCUACCAGUUUGUAGUGAUUUUGGCAAAUCCACAUGUAGUGACCUUUCUUCUGGCACAAAAUACAGGGAAAAAGCUGGAAGCUGAUAGUCAGUAGCUGGAGCGAAAAGAAGGACAUACUUUUUUGCUCCUGCUGCUGGAUAAUUUACUCAACUGCUGCACAUUAUUGCCAUGUUCUGUAUUGACCAUGUUAGACUACUUCGCAGUGUCAUGUCAGUCACUGAAUACUGAUGCACUUUGUCUAACUCUCUCAGAGCUAUAGUUACAGGAGCCAAAGGCAAAAUAACAUUUACAACAUGAUUUUAAACGGUAAGAUUGAUGAUAUUUUAUAUUUUUCUUGUUGUUAAUAAAGUCCAUGAAAAGAGCAAAAUUAACCAACUCCAUUACUUUUCGGACCCUUUAUUUUAUAAGAUUUCUGUUGCAUUUUUGCCUUUUUUUGAGUAGGUAAGAAAUGCAAAGCAGGAAAGGUCACCAUACUUGGCCACCAGACAGGUGACUGAUAAAUGAAAUUAGUUAAAAAUGCUCAAUACUCAAACAGAGAAAAACCUUAGCAUUAUUGGGGACUAUUUUCAGACGUGGGUCAAUACACAUCUGGUGUGGUGGAAGUAGUUAAGGGAGCAGUGUGUGUACAUUGGUUGGAAAGAAGAUUAACUACAGUACCCUGGUUCAUGGUAUUGAAUAAGUCAAUCAGCUUAAAAGUAUAGUUCAUUCAUGUGUUUUAAAGAAAUGUUUAGAUAAUUGACAAAGCACACUCCAUGUUAUACUUAAAUGGUCGUUUUACUAAGAUCCACGUUCCUACGCCACUUAGUCUGCGAACAUCUUAGUGUAGACGUGUUUUAAUUAAUUGAAUCCAACUCCCUUAAACCGGAGUACUCACAAGUCCCGGAGGAAAGGUAGAUGUAAGUUUAUUUGAAGUUGGGGAUCACUGGCUAAAUCAAUCUUUAUCUGUUUCAGUCUUUUCGUGCAGUUUCCUGAUCACGAAAAAAACAUAAAAUAUCACUGAUCCUUUUAAAUGUGUCCUUGGUGAGUUUGAAACUGAAUGUACUAGUGACGGCCCACUUUUGACUGAAAUGCGUUUGUACAAAUGUUCUUUGUUUUGCCAGUUUAAAAUGUUUCUAUGGAUAUUUACAUGAUGUUAUUAUAUAUUUUGCACUGUACAGGAACAACUUUUUGUCUAAAUAAAAGGGUGAUGUAGCAUAGGGCUGCUAGAAGUGCUUGAAACACACUUGUUAUGUGUUUGUGCCAGAAUUGAACAUGUGACUAAUUCAGCGGUUCUAUUCUUUAUAUACUUCAACAAGAACAGCUGGUUUGUUAUUAACAUUCUUUGGAUGUACUUUCUGCACAUGUAUUGUUCCUCCUGUAAGCCACUUGCUGUUCUUUGGCAGUGUGAUUAGCUAUUAGUGGAAUAUGUGCAAUAAAAGCUGUCAAUUAUACAAAUAUUAAAAGUAUUAAUGUUUUCACAGUAAUGUCUUUAAAUCAAGAUAAUGCCCUUCGAUUUGAUUUGUAAUUUUCCAAAUUAAAUUC